CGCCGCCUCCCCCAUGCCGCCCUCCGGGCUGCGGCUGCUGCCGCUGCUGCUACCGCUGCUGUGGCUACUGGUACUGACGCCUGGCCGGCCGGCCGCGGGACUAUCCACCUGCAAGACUAUCGACAUGGAGCUGGUGAAGCGCAAGCGCAUCGAGGCCAUCCGCGGCCAGAUCCUGUCCAAGCUGCGGCUCGCCAGCCCCCCGAGCCAGGGGGAGGUGCCGCCCGGCCCGCUGCCCGAGGCCGUGCUCGCCCUCUACAACAGCACCCGCGACCGGGUGGCCGGGGAGAGUGCAGAGCCGGAGCCCGAGCCUGAGGCCGACUACUACGCCAAGGAGGUCACCCGCGUGCUAAUGGUGGAAACCCACAACGAAAUCUAUGACAAGUUCAAGCAGAGUACACACAGCAUAUAUAUGUUCUUCAACACAUCAGAGCUCCGAGAAGCAGUACCUGAACCCGUGUUGCUCUCCCGGGCAGAGCUGCGUCUGCUGAGGCUCAAGUUAAAAGUGGAGCAGCACGUGGAGCUGUACCAGAAAUACAGCAACAAUUCCUGGCGAUACCUCAGCAACCGGCUGCUGGCACCCAGCGACUCGCCGGAGUGGUUGUCUUUUGAUGUCACCGGAGUUGUGCGGCAGUGGUUGAGCCGCGGAGGGGAAAUUGAGGGCUUUCGCCUUAGUGCCCACUGCUCCUGUGACAGCAAAGAUAACACACUGCAAGUGGACAUCAACGCAGGGUUCACUACCGGCCGCCGAGGUGACCUGGCCACCAUUCACGGCAUGAACCGGCCUUUCCUGCUUCUCAUGGCCACCCCACUGGAGAGGGCCCAGCAUCUGCAAAGCUCCCGGCACCGCCGAGCCCUGGACACCAACUACUGCUUCAGCUCCACGGAGAAGAACUGCUGCGUGCGGCAGCUGUACAUUGACUUCCGCAAGGACCUCGGCUGGAAGUGGAUCCACGAGCCCAAGGGCUACCAUGCCAACUUCUGCCUCGGGCCCUGCCCCUACAUUUGGAGCCUGGACACGCAGUACAGCAAGGUCCUGGCCCUGUACAACCAGCAUAACCCGGGCGCCUCGGCGGCGCCGUGCUGCGUGCCGCAGGCGCUGGAGCCGCUGCCCAUCGUGUACUACGUGGGCCGCAAACCCAAGGUGGAGCAGCUGUCCAACAUGAUCGUGCGCUCCUGCAAGUGCAGCUGAGGUCCCGCCCCGCCCCGCCCCGCCCCGGCAGGCCCCGCCCCGCCCCGCCCCGGCAGGCCCGGCCCCACCCCGCCCCGCCCUGCCCCCGCUGCCUUGCCCAUGGGGGCUGUAUUUAAGGACACCCGUGCCCCAAGCCCACCUGGGGCCCCAUUAAAGAUGGACAGAGGACUGCG